AUGCUGCGAAUGGCGCAGCAAGCAAUCGAGGCCAGCAUCUCUUCGCAGAAGCUCAGCUGCAUUGUGCUCAGCUUAUCUUGGAGCUCGUUGAAGUUCAAACCAUCUCCGAAGCUCUCCGCAGCCCCUACCUCCGAUUACACACCACACACCACGCUGUCCUCUAAAAUUUCCAACCACCACGAAAUCCAUACUGGCCCUGGAACGAAAGAUCUAGAUGUUAUUAUGUAUUAUGAUAAGAGAGAUCCCAUCCUCCGUGGCUCACACUGCUUCAUUGGGGCCUGCUGCCGCUGCCGUUGCCGCAGCCUUCGUCGUUUACCCAUAGACAACCUGCUAACAUCGACCAGAUUAUCACGUAAACACUCUGGCUUCUAUUUUUUUUUUUCGAUCCGUCAAAGGAACGAGAGCUUAGUCAUACAACCUGACUUCUAUCUUUUUUUUGAAACGUCAAAGAACGAGAGCUUCAAUCGAAGCUUCUGCGCUGAUUUGUGUCUGCUGGUUGCGGGUUCGAAUUGGUCAACAACACGCCACUACAACGACAGGCAAUUAUGUGGAAUGAUCCAGAUGUUUGAUAUGGACACUGGCAACAAUCUCCACUUGCAUUGGAAGCGUGGAGAUGCUUCUGUGGUUGACAAUCUUUUUUGGAACCUGCAAAGAACUUCGCCGCCUUUGACAGUCCGUGCUCGUGUGCCCAGCGCCAAGCUCGCUGUUCAUGAGAGCAUCACGAUUGACAACUCUCGUGAUCACCCCUUCAAACACUACGCAAGCAAGCCAACAGCAUCCGAACCGCUGCCAUGGAUCACGACCCCGAAGACCGAGACGACGAAGUCCCACAAGUUGGCUUCUUCUUUCCGACACGCCCUUCUCGCCUCCAAGGUCCACUGGCGACUGCGAUUUAGCAUGGAGAGCCGUGAGGGUUAUUGCUUGACCGAGCUCGUUGGGCAGCUCUUUCCUCUCGGCUGGGCCAUCAAAGUCAAGAUGGGAUUGACAGCAUGGCAUGGGGGAGCGGGAGAUGCUGAACACGCGGCUGGCGCUUCAAUACAAGCUGAAAUGAGAAUCAGAAUUCACCCAUUCGGAGCGGCUGUGUUUCGAUUCCGUUGCAUUUCGCGUGUUCUACUACAUCCUCUCACGUACUUGGCAUAUCCUCUCAUCACAAAACUUGGGAGGAUAAGAGACAGAAUUUGCGAUGGAAUUGAAACAACUGUGCAUAUAAAGGUAAGAUUGGGCAGAUUUCAUGAUCGGGGCAUGUAUCAGGAAUAUAUGGUUUCAGCUCUCGCGCUCUCUUCCUCUUGCCCGAUGAUGAGCUCUGCACAUGCAGUUCAAAGCCGCUGCUCGUCUGAUGUGGAGCAGAGGAGACUUCGAUUCUGGUGGCAGUUACAUGAGGCUGAAGACAGGAUCUGGAAUAUGCGCCAGUCAUAUGUGAUGGCUGCGGCACUGGACUAUAUCAAAGGGAUCAUGACAGAUAGAGGCUUGAUGUUGCGAUUGUACAUGUACACUUAG